AUGCAGCACAUUUGUGUAACAGGGUGAGCAGCGUCACUAGUCUCUCAGGGGACAGAAGACUGCAAAAACCAUGCUGUAGUGAGAUUGUUGCAAUCAUGAAUUCCACUGACAUUCAGAAGGGGAAAGUAGCCAUUGUUGGAGGUGGUCUGGUGGGUGCUUUAAAUGUCUGUUUCUUUGCAAGAAGAGGGUUCCAAGUUGAUAUGUAUGAAGCCAGAGAAGAUUGCCGCGUCGCCAGAGCUGCUCGCGGCAGGAGCAUCAACUUGGCACUGUCUCACAGAGGACGCCAGGCCCUCAAGGCCAUUGGGAUGGAAGAGCAGAUUGUGGCCAAAGGCAUCCCCAUGCGGGCCAGGAGGAUACACACGCCCUCAGGAAACACAUAUUCCAUCCCCUAUGGAACAAAGAGCCAGUACAUUCUCUCUGUGGACAGAGCAAAUUUAAACCAAGAGCUGCUAACGGCUGCUGAGAAGUACCCCAAUGCUACGUUGUACUUUGGACACAAGCUGCUCCGCUGCCACGUUGAAUCAGGGCUAUUAACCUUACAAGGACCUGACCAAAGACCCAUGGAAGUCACUUGUGACCUCAUAGUGGGAUGCGAUGGAGCCUUUUCUACAGUCAGAAAGCAGUUCAUGCGGCAAACAUGCUUUAACUACAGCCAUGUGUACAUUCCUCAUGGGUACAUGGAGUUGACCAUCCCACCCAAGGAUGGGGAUUUUGCCAUGGAAGAGAAUUACCUUCACAUCUGGCCCAGGAACACCUUCAUGAUGAUAGCGCUGCCUAACCUGGAUAAGUCGUUCACGUGCACGCUCUUCAUGCCCUUCGAGGAGUUUGAACGGCUCACGACAGGCGAUCAAGUGCUGGAUUUCUUCCAAACCUACUUCCCAGAUUCAAUUCCCCUCAUAGGAGCGCGAGAGCUGCAGCGUGAUUACUUUUUGCUGCCACCCCAGGCCAUGAUCUCUGUGAAGUGCUCUUCAUACCACAUCGCCUCCCGGUGUGUGCUGAUGGGAGACGCCGCCCACGCUGUGGUACCAUUCUAUGGGCAAGGCAUGAAUGCUGGAUUUGAAGACUGCCUGGUCUUCGAUGAGUUAAUGGACCAGUUCCACAAUGAUCUCAGUGCCUGCCUGCCCGAGUUCUCCCGGCUGCGGGUGCCCGACGACCAUGCCAUUUCCGAUCUAGCCAUGUACAACUACAUCGAGAUGCGCGCACAUGUUAAUUCCAAGUGGUUCAUUUUCCGCAAGUACGUGGACAACUUUCUUCACUGGCUCAUGCCGUCCACCAUUAUCCCAUUAUACACCAUGGUCACGUUCACCAGAAUACGCUACCACGAGGCGUGGCAGCGCUGGAAAUGGCAGAACAAGGUGAUUAACAAAGGACUCUUCAUAAUUGGGGCAGCAGCAGCACUGGGUGGCAGCUACCCACUCAUAAAGUGGCUCUCCCAUAAGUCUGACACCUGCGCAGAAAAGCUGUGGAGCUGGAUACUUCAUCUCAAGAAAAUUGGAAGUGUCCCGCCGGGAACACAACUGGCAUAAAUGCCAGGGGAGCCGCUGAGGGGACACACGGCAAAGGCCUAGGCUGUAAACUCGGAGAGGUGACUAGUGGGAGGGACACAAAGGGGGCACCAGCUAAAGGGGACGCUCUCUCCCGGGCAGCCUCCGGCCACGCUGCCUGCCUGAGACGCUCCCCAUGGUGCGGGACACAGCGGCUGCUCUCUCCCGAGCAGCUUCCAGCCACGCUGCCUGCCUGGGACGCUGCCCGGCGUGGUGUGGCACACGGGGGCUGCUCUCUAUGGGCUGUCUCUGGCAGGCAGCAUGGCCGGAGGCUGCCUGGGAGAGUGCAGCUUCUGUGUGCCGCACCAGGUAAUGUGGCUGGAAAAGAAGGCCGGAAAAGAUGAGGCUCUGGCCCCGCCUCUUCCCUUCCGGCUCUGGCCCUGCCCCUUCAUCUCUCCAGCUGCCAGCCUUGCCCCCUUCCCCAGCGUUUUGGGGAGGGUCAUGUGACCCUUUGCCUCUUCCCGCCCCCUCCGGUCGCCAUUGAGAUCCUUCCAAGGUGCCACACAUCCUAGCAUCAGGAAGUCCCCGUCAGGCAGGAUGUUCCAGAAUGAACCUCCACCCCUCGUCAGACUUGGACUUCAGUGCAGAGUCAUGCUCACCGCAAGCCACGUGUCUCCACAGGGAGGCUGCUGGCCACUCGGAUGGGACCAAACUCCCAUUAGGACUUUCUGCCGAGAAAGCUCCUCCGUGGUUUUCAAACUGGCUCUUACCGGUUCUCCUGGUAAUAUUGAAAGGCAGUUUGCAGGCAGGCAGCUCCCCGAUCGUAGAUCACUGUCGCUGAAACAGUUCAGUUCUGUUUCCCUCUGGAAAGUUUUACUGCUAUUGAGUUUGUUUAGGUCCAGGAUUUCCUGGCACCCCCAUCCCUCUGUUUGGCAGGGUGAGUACUAGGAUACAACCGCCUGGGUUAGCCUUGGUUCAGCAAGAACCUUGGGCAUGCGGCUAACUCUAGGCAACGUGGAGAGUCCCAUUGAGUUCAGUGGGAUUACUCAUGUGCCUAAAGUCAGACACUGGCUGAAAUGAGGCCUAAGCGCUCAUGUAACACAUGGGAUUUUUAAUCAGUAAACUCCCGUUAUUUUG